ACCUACCCCGCCACCCCCCUCCCGGGCUCGGAUUCAUGUGUCCCCAACAACCUCCAAAAGGCGUUAUUUUUUAAGUUUAAGCUUCGUUUGGGGUUAAGUUUCACCGCCCUUCAGCGGAGUUUUCCACAAGCACAGCUUUAGUAUAACCACACUCCCACACUCACUUCAACAUCUCACAAACUCGAAACACUUUCCAAAGAAGACGGAAAAUUAAGGCCAAACAAUGUCUUCAAGUCUGAUACCUCAACCAGCCACCAAAACACCCUCCUCUUUCCUUCCCUCUCGCCCUCUCCCGACCCGACAGAGCGUCCCUUUCCGCAGCUCGGGGCGACGCCUCGCCGUGCGCGCCACGGCCACGGCGGCGCCUUCGUCGGAGGCAGUGGCGAAGGCGUCAAGGGAGUGUAAGGUGAAGUCGGUGAAGGCAAGGCAGAUCGUGGACAGCCGAGGGAACCCGACGGUGGAGGUGGAUCUGCUGACUGACCAGCUUUUCCGAUCGGCGGUGCCGAGCGGUGCGUCGACGGGGAUUUACGAGGCUUUGGAGCUGAGGGAUGGAGACAAGAGCGUUUAUGGCGGUAAAGGCGUUCUCAACGCCGUUAGGAACAUCAAUGAGGUCUUGGCUCCUAAGCUUAUUGGCGUCGACGUUAGGAAUCAAGCUGAUGUGGAUGCUAUUAUGCUGGAAAUUGAUGGAACUCCUAACAAGUCUAAACUAGGGGCUAAUGCAAUACUGGGAGUUUCGCUGAGUGUGUGUAGAGCUGGUGCAGGAGCAAAGGGAGUGCCCCUGUACAAGCACAUCCAGGAGAUUUCAGGAACGAAGGAACUUGUUAUGCCAGUUCCAGCUUUUAAUGUUAUAAAUGGGGGAAGUCAUGCUGGAAAUAAUCUGGCUAUGCAAGAAUUUAUGAUACUACCAGUUGGAGCAACUUCAUUUGCUGAGGCACUCUGCAUGGGCAGUGAAGUUUAUCAUGUAUUAAAGGGGAUAAUCAAGGAAAAAUAUGGACAAGAUGCAUGUAAUGUUGGAGAUGAAGGAGGAUUUGCUCCCAAUGUUCAGGAUAACAGGGAGGGGCUGGUUCUACUCAUGGAUGCCAUUGAGAAGGCAGGUUAUCCUGGAAAGAUUAAAAUAGGUAUGGAUGUUGCGGCUUCAGAGUUUUACACUAAGGAUGGAAAGUAUGAUUUAAACUUCAAGAAAGAGCCAAAUGAUGGAACUCAUGUUCACUCUGCUCAGAGUCUUGGUCAACUUUAUAUAGACUUUGUGAAAGAAUUUCCUAUUGUGUCAAUUGAGGAUCCAUUUGAUCAAGAUGAUUGGGGUUCGUGGGCUUCACUGCUUUCUUCAAUUGAUAUUCAACUUGUAGGAGAUGAUUUGUUAGUUACCAAUCCAAAGAGAAUAGCUGAAGCCAUCCAGAAGAAAGCUUGCAAUGGUUUGCUUCUAAAGGUUAACCAGAUUGGUACAGUAACUGAAUCUAUUCAGGCAGCACUUGACUCAAAGGCAGCAGGUUGGGGUGUCAUGGUUAGUCACCGGAGUGGUGAGACUGAAGAUAACUUCAUUGCUGAUCUCUCUGUUGGCUUGGCCAGUGGACAGAUAAAGACUGGUGCUCCUUGCCGAAGUGAGCGAUUAGCAAAGUAUAAUCAGCUUCUUCGGAUUGAAGAGGAAAUUGGAAAUGUGCGAUAUGCUGGUGAAGCUUUCAGGUCACCUUAGAGUUAUUCUGAAAAUAUUUCAGCAUCAGAAUCAUUAUCAUCAUUGAUUUUACUAAGAAAACAAACGAGACCAAGGAAAAUCCUGAUUUUUGAUAUAGUUGCUAGUCUUCUGGGCUUGCAGAAAAUCUACUUGGGCAGUUAACCUUAAAAUAUGUAUUUUGAACUGAAAUAAUUACCAAGUGAACAAGUGACGGGUGCUUAAAGACACUUUUGUACUGUGAGGGCGUAGUUAAAUAUAGGCAUCACGCAGUAACAAAGCUGCUUAGGUGUAGCUUUAAAAUGAGAUCUACAUGAUGAGUUAGUUCCGCUGCUCAUAGCAAUAAGAUUUUGUACUGGGCAGUCAUUUGCAAAGGGGAGAGGUUUAGACAUUGUUGUUCGCAGUUCACCGUUUGUAGUUUCUCUCUACAUUUCUAGUGACCACAGGUCUCGCUGUUAUGAU